AGAAACUACUUUUGCAUGGAUGAAUCAACUUAUGCAUCUAGGCUUUAAAAGGCCCCUGACUGAGAAGGAUAUAUGGAAACUGGACACAUGGGACCGAACUGAAACACUGAAUAGCAAGUUCCAGCAAUGUUGGGCUGAGGAAUCUCGGAGGUCUAAACCAUGGCUUUUAAGGGCAUUAAAUUGUAGCCUUGGGGGAAGGUUUUGGUGGGGAGGUGUUUGGAAGGUAAUGAGCUCCUUAAACAACUGUUUCAUUAGGACCUCGGUUAUUUAAGUUAAAAAUCUUGCAUCUGAUUUAGGAGCAUAAUAUUUACAUGCAUGUGGUUUUUAUGAUAUUCUUAACAAAUUU